AUGCACCACCUCCACCGAGCACGCGCGCUCGACGCUGCGCUAGGACUGGCGAUCUGCACGUUAUUCCGGGAGUCCGCAAAUGUUUCGAAACACGUUAGCUCACUUGUGAUGACACCGUUGCCUACCGACAAAGCUGGUUCGUGUAUAAGCAUGUCCCCAUCAAUCCCCAUCAACUCCUGUGGCGGUCCGAUCACUGCGCUGCAGCUAUAUCUAGUAAAGGUAUUAGACUCCGUCUCGUCAGCCCCUGGCUUUGCUCGUCUUGACGAUUUUAGUGAAUCGGGCAUCAUUGACUCGUUCGUAGGCGGUGCGAUUGUGUCGCUGCGGUGGGAGUCCGUCUCUUGGUUUUACGAUCUCUCCGGAGACUUCUCGCUCCGACUUGCUCUUAGGUCUUUCUACGAUGCUGCUUAG